GCCAUGGAGGGCGGCGGGGGGGCGCCGCCCGCGCUGGAGAAGAACGCGGCGGAGCUGACCGUGAUGGACGUCUACGACAUCGCCUCGGCCGUGGGGCAGGAGUUCGAGCGCGUCAUCGACCAGCACGGCUGCGAGGCCAUCGCCCGGCUCAUGCCCAAGGUGGUGCGGGUGCUGGAGAUCCUCGAGGUGCUCGUGAGCCGCAACCACAUCAACCCCGAGAUGGAGGAGCUGCGCCUGGAGCUCGACCGCCUCCGCCUCGAGAGGAUGGACCGCAUCGAGAAGGAGCGCAAGCACCAGAAGGAAUUAGAACUGGUGGAGGAUGUCUGGAGAGGGGAAGCACAGGAUCUUCUUACUCAAAUUGCACAGCUGCAGGAGGAGAAUAAACAACUGAUGACAAACUUGUCUCACAAAGACAUUAAUUUCACUGAAGAGGAGUUUCAGAAACAUGAAGGAAUGUCAGAAAGAGAGCGGCAAGUCAUGAAGAAGCUGAAGGAAGUGGUAGAUAAACAGAGGGAUGAAAUCAGGGCAAAAGACCGGGAACUGGGACUUAAAAAUGAGGAUGUAGAGGCACUUCAACAACAACAGAACAGGCUCAUGAAAAUUAACCACGACCUGCGGCACCGGAUCACCGUUGUCGAGGCGCAGGGGAAGGCCCUGAUUGAGCAGAAGGUGGAGUUGGAAGCCUACUUGCAAACCAAGGAGCAGGAGAUGGGCACCCUACGAGCAGAGCUAGGGAAACUCAGAGAAAAACUGCAGGGUGAGGACAGCCAAAAUGGGGAAGAAAUAAAGACAGAACCAAACAACGACGACUUUUCUGACUUCGCAGAGUCAGAAAAGAUGGCAGUGGACUUAAAAGAUCCAAAUCGUCCAAGAUUCACCUUGCAGGAGCUGCGAGAUGUCCUUCAUGAGAGGAAUGAAUUGAAAUCUAAAGUGUUUUUACUUCAAGAGGAGCUUUUAUAUUACAAAAGUGAGGAAACAGAAGAAGAAACUAGAUCGCCUCAACCUACACCCAUAAUUCAGCCAAAAACCUCAACUCAGCAAGAGUCUGGAAUCAAACGACUGAUCUUUACAGCCAUAAUGCCCAUGGUAGCAGCUGGAAUGAUUCCAGACGAUCCCACAUUGCAGCCAAUACGAAGACUUGUGUCCCUUGUUUAGUUUCUUCUCUCGUGAUAAGAGACGUAUGCAGGCAUCACAGAGAAACGUCCACUUCCAGGAUACUUUUGGCGAAUGGGCAAACUCAAAUAAAGAUGACUCCUACAUGGAACAAGGACAAGAAGCCCUGCAGCAUCUGUGACUAAAACCUUGAGGUUCCGCUUGCCACAGUAGAUCUCAGUCUAGUAACAAGAAGCUUCUGUGAACAAAUCCAUCAGCUCCUCACUUCUGUUUGCCUUGCACACCUCAGUGGCUGCAUCUCAGAUGUACUCUUCAAAAGGGAUCCCUCACUGCUUGCUUGGUGACUGUUGGCCAGAAACAGAAUCCAAGCUGUAUAAGUCACUGAUACCUUGGGACAUUGAGGCUUCUAGAUGACUUGUUUUGUGCUGAAUAACAAGUCUAUGGUCUUGCUCAUGCAUUAACUACAGUAACACAAGCUUCUUUAAACCAAAAAAAAGAGACUUAUGCCAUUAUUAGAAGAUUGUUUGCAGUGUACGAUAUCUAUUGGCAAAGACUCUUUUAUCCUGUUUUGUUAGAAUUUUUGGUUGUUUGCUUUUUCUUAAUUCUGUAAGAGUUUUAUUUUUUCUGAGGGAUACCACAGCUCUGGGGCAGGUCUUAGCCCUGCUGUAUUUUGCCAAGUUAGGUGGCAUCCACACCAAGCUGACCACUUGGAAACCACCUGGUGCAAACUGAGAAGCUGAAAAUGCCUUGAGAGGGAUAGUAAGUGUCCGUGUCCCUUGUUGCGUAUAGUGCCUAAGGCAGGAAGAAGUCGAAGUUCGAGGUGAGCGUGCCUUGCAUUUGGCCUUGAGUUCUGCAGUAGUAAUGGAAAAUGAACUGCUCGAAUUCUAACACUUGUUUUCUUUUUUCCUUCUUACCAAGGUCUUCCCCCUAGGGUAGCAGACAGCCACUCGAUGGGAGUUAGAUUGCCCUUCCCACAGCCACCUUUUGAGUAAAGUCACACUCCGUUUUUCUUUCUCAAUGCAAACUACCUAACUUCAGCAAUAGGAGACCUCCUCAGCUAGCUGGCAUGAACUGUUUCAACUGACUUAGAGAUGGCCCCAACCCAAACUUUUUUGCUGACUUGUCUAAACACUAUUUGGGGUUGUAGAGUGGAUGGAUUCUACAAGCACCAGCUGCUUUACUGCUGUCAGCUGGGGUUUGGGUAGCCUGAUGUGCCAGCAGUGCCAACGCAUGAACACGGCUGAGCUGUCAGAAGGUGGGUAUGGACCUGAUUCACAGUUAAACAUGUGAAGCCCUUGGGCUGGGUGCAGGUCAUGCUUAUGAAAAACCCAUCACCGAAGCCCUGUGUAGCACAGAGGCACCAUGCCCACCAUGAAAGCAGGUUCGGGUGGGAGAGGGCACCUGCCCUUCCUUGCUGAGGAACGUGGCCCUACACGUGGGUCCUGCACUGGAGCACAGUGCGGCUGGGGAGCAGCAUCUCUGGUUGCAACAGGGUCCUAGGUAACUUCUGCUCAUGUAGCUCAGUGCUGCAGCCAUGGGCCGCUGUUGGCGUCCGACCCCAGCAGCCAGGUGGGCUCUGAGAGGCGCCUGCUCUCAGAAGCGGCACUAAACAGGAGCCAGUGCUCAGGUAAAAGCUCCUCUACUGCAGGUGCUAAAUGCCUGAUGCUCAUUGCAAGGGCUCCUAGAGGACAGCAAGCCAAAGGCUUUUGUACAAGGUGUUUAUUUUCUGUUUUUAGUUUUGGUUGGUCAAGAUUAUGCUUUUUAUGGCCCAGCACAGGUGGGCAGGGAAUGGUCCCUGCAAACUGUGUAAGGAAGCAAACCAUUAUUGUAGCAGUGGGGCAAAGGCUGCCUUCCUGAUUGUAACUGUGCUAUAUUUUGAACCUUGAACUUCAGCAUGCUCUGGGUACCUUGAGUGUUUUUUCCCCUCUCUCCAGCAGGUUACAGGUUUUUAAAUGCUAAUUUCCUUACAGUCUGCAGUCCCUUCCCAUCAGUUUGCAGCAUGGUUGGGAAUAUACCUUGGCACAUGUACCUUAGCACUAUACCUUUCCCAAGAGACCCCUGCUGCAGAACUAACCUGCAACUCCACUACUAGAGAAAGAAUUUGCAGGCCCUCCAGGUUGUCACUGCAGUUCAGGGAGGAGGGAAAGGAGGGAAGAAGGUAGCCUUAUAUGAAAGGCAUCUGUAUUUGAGAUACUGACAAAAAUGUCUGACACUAACAUAUGACACUAGUAAAGAUGCUUUUGCAUCUCUCAGCCUGGUUAAGUUUUGUUAACGUGUUGUUUUGUGCUUGCAGCAAGCUGUAUUCACAAAACAGCAGCAUUCUUCCUUUUAUGUGAAAGGCAAUUGUUAUGGGGAGUCUUAAUGAUACAUAAGUUGUUGAGAUCCCACUUGCUUUUACAGAUCAUAAAAAAAGAAAAAGAAGGACGUCCACUCUAUUUGUAUCAGGCAGACAGAAUGUAAGUUAAAUAUGUUCCAUGGUUCUUGAAUAUGUACUGGUCUUUAACACUUUUGUUCCCUAACCAUGAGAAAGGUUUAACAAGGAUGUAUCUUGAAGUGUUCCUGAAUGGACAUAAUGUUGGAGUAGGGGCUAGAAAACAUAAAUGGGUCAUUGCUGCUGUUUAAAAACCAUAUUCCUACACUGGAGUUGAUGGAACGGUGCCUGUUGAAUCUCUCCCCAGCAUAGUUUACAGCCGUUGGGCACAUUCACAGGAGACAUGGCAACAGGAAACAAUGCAGGAAUGAGCACAUUGACAGCCUGAACACAGCCUCAUUUUCACAUCAGCCAGGACCAUGAACUGGGAUAACAGAAAUACACCGACCGAACAUUUCUCCCUCUUUUCCCUAAGCUCAUGUAUAAAAAGGGAAGUCUCCAGACCGAGUUAGUACACGUAGAGCUAGUCUCACAGGCUAGAAUCCAAUGCUUAUUGUUGUUAGGUCAAAUCCGUUGUUAGGUCAAAUCUGCAGCCAAGUUCACACAAUGGCUCUAAGCAGUACAGCCUUCUCCC